AAUUAAAAAGUACAGCUCCUAGGCAAUCACGACUGGAUACCCAUUGUUCAUAUUAAUGAGCCAUUCAAAAGAUUUGUUUCGUUCGUGAACAUCACAUCUCUAUCAGCAGUGUCAGUGAUCAGCAGCUGGGGCAGAGCGACUGUCAGAGACACACCAGAUCUCACCUGCAACAGACAUGGAAGACAAAGUCUCUGCCCUCGUUGUUGACAUUGGAUCUGGCAUGUGCAAGGCUGGCUUUGCUGGGGAUGAUGCUCCCCAGGCUGUCUUCCCCUCCAUCGUGGGCCGUCCCAGACACCAGGGUGUGAUGGUGGGAUUGAGGGAUAGCUACGUUGGAGAUGAGGCUCAGAGCAAUAGGUCCCUCCUGACCCUGAAGUACCCCAUCGAGCACGGCAUCGUCACCAACUGGGCUGACAUGCAGAAGAUCUGGCAUCACACCUUCGACAAUGAGCUGAGAGUCGCACCUGAAGAGCAUCCAGUCCUGCUGACUGAGGCUCCCCUCAACCCCAAAGCCAACAGGGAGAAGAUGGCACAGGUCAUGUUUGAAACCUUCAAGUCUCCUGCCAUGUAUGUGGCCAUCCCAGCCGUGCUGUCCCUGUAUGCUUCUGGUCGUACCUCAGGAAUAGUGAUGGACUCUGGUGACGGUGUCAGCCAGACUGUGCCCAUCUAUGAGGGCUAUGCUCUGCCUCAUGCCAUCCUCCGUCUGGAUCUGGCUGGCAGAGAUUUGACUGAUUACCUGAUGAAGAUCCUGACGGAGAGGGGCUACAGGCUCACCACCACAGCUACGUGUGAAAUCAAGGAGAAGCUCUGCUAUGUGGCGCUGGACUUUGAGCAGGAGAUGCAGACCGCUGCCUCCUCUUCCUCCCUGGAGAAGAGCUACGAGCUUCCUGAUGGGCAGGUCAUCACAGUCGGCAACGAGAGGUUCCGCUGUCCUGAGGCGCUCUUCCAGCCCUCAUUCCUCGGGAUGGAGUCUUCUGGCAUUCAUGAGAUGACCUACAACAGCAUCAUGAAAUGUGACAUAGACAUCCAUGAGAACUUGUAUGCCAAUACGAUGCUGUCCGGAGGCAGCAGCAUGUACCCUGGAAUUGCUGACCGCAUGCAAAAGGAGAUCACUGCUCUGGCUCCACCCACUAUGAAGAUUGAGAUCUUUACUCCUCCAGAGAGGAAGUACUCUGUCUGGAUCGGUGGCGCCAUCUUGGCUUCCCUGACCACCUUCCAGCAGAUGUGGAUCAGCAAGCAGGAGUACGAUGAGUCCGGUCCCAGCAUCGUCCACCGCACAUGUUUCUAAAAGACCUGCCCUGGCAGUGAUUAGGCUUCAGUUGAUCUCUUCCAGACUUCUGCUUCAUCUUGAACAGAAUUAAAGAUGUCCAACAAGAUGAACUUUACUCAACAGCCUGAAUUGAAGAUCCAACAGUCUGGUUUGAGAGGAGCUGAAAAUUUCAGGGUUUGCCUCCAUCUUCUAUGUUCUGUACAGGAACACUCUCUGUCAUCUCAAAACUGGUUGCAGUUGUGGAAAAUAAAUAGUUCUUGGUUAAA